AUGGCGACCCCUAGGGUCCUGCGCUUUGACGCCGAAGGUAGGCCGCUCGAGUUCUCAGUCUUGCUCCUGCGUGCACGCCGCCUCCCAGAGAGUCAGGUCCAGGCAGACGAGUCUUUGUGGGCGCACGCUUCUGGUGACCUUCUUGUGCCCUCCGACCGUGCACCCUUAGGCGGUGAUACUAGCACUACAGACAGAGACCGUUAUGCACGCCAGCGUGCUGACCUGACUGCGUGGAAGUUGCGUGACGCUGCGGCCUGCAUCGCCCUCAGCAGCCUCCUCCCUGAGUCUGAGGAGACCCACUUCACUCAGGUUCGCACUGCUAGUGAGUUCCUGACUGCGAUCAAGGCCCGCUACGCUACUCCCACCACUGUCUCUCUUGGUCAACUGUUCCUCCCGUUCUUGUUUCUUCACCUCGCCUCGUUUGAGCGCUCUGCUGACUUUAUCGCUCACCUGCGCUCCCGGGACUCUAGCUACCGCGCUGCCUGCACUGACGCACAGCUUGCACUGCUCCCUCCCCCCAUGGCGAUUACUAUCUAUUUCAUCGCCACUAGCCUCCCUGACCGCCUUGCCUCGGUUCGUGACGUGCUUCUUCUGAAGCACCCUAGCGAGCUCACUAUCGAGGUCCUUGAGUCUGCCCUCAAGGACGUCGAGAGCAACCUCCGCUCGGUAGCCUCCGCCUCUGGUGAUGUGCCCCCGCCAUUGUUUCACGGGUGUACAGUCCCUCAGCUGCCCACCUUUACUGCCUCCCUCGCCACUGCCGCUACUGACGUGACCGCAGCUGCUGUUACGACUUCUUCGCGGUCUAGGGGUAGGAGUGGCAGGAGGGGCGGUCAGGGUGCUGGCAGUGGUGGCGGAGGCGGCGGAGGUGGCGUGGCGAGCGGCGGUGGCGGGAGUGCAGGGGUUAGUGACUUACCUGCUGGAGAUGGUGGAGGUGACGCUCGGGUUCGUCAGGCACUUGCUGGUCUCCAGCUACAGGUGCUGGAGUGGCGGUUUUGUACCUGGCUUAGCGGCAGCAGCAGCAGCAGCAGCAGCCACUCCUCUCGCAGCAGCUGCAGCAGAGCAGAGGCUGUAGCAGGUUUUGGGGCAGGGGUCAGGACCGCGUCAGCUGUCGCGCGGUGCCGUCCACCCUCCCUGCAUCUACCUCGUUCAGACAGGUACUCACCGAGGCCUCCCCUGUGGCUGUAG